UUUUAGUUCAUAUCAUGGAAUCACCGUCAUCAACCAUUUCCCUCUGACUUCUUUCUCAUUCCAAUUCAGAGCGAGUGAGCGAGCUUCUCGGCGUUUCAGACAAAAGGAGGGGGACUCCGAUUCCGCCGGAACCGGAACAGUGGAUUUGUAAUAAAAAUUGUCUAAAUCUAAAUCCCCGCCCUCAUAAAAGCGGUUCGCUUCCGAGCCUUCUGUUUUUUGGUUUUCCCGCUAUUGCUGCGACUCUUUUUCAUUUAUUUUGAAGCUCCUUCUGUGCUUCUCUCUCUCUCUGUGUCUCUCUCUCUUUUGUCUCUGCGCCGAUCUGAUUCAUCUGAAGCGGUGAAAGAGAUUGGAAAACGAACUCUGAUUUACAAAUACUAGAAGAAAUAUGGUGAGGAAUCCGAAAAGAGUUGUUGCGGAGCGCGCUGAUUCCAAUCUGGCUCCUUCAAAAGAUACGAGCCCACAAUCCGAUGCAACAUCAUGUAUCUCAUCUGCGGGAGAUGCCAUGGGCAGUGUCAAAGGGAGCGAAGUUGACCAAGAUUCCCUUACUACUGAUCAUGGCAUGUCUUACUCAACAAGCGGAUAUUAUGGAUACUACUAUCCAGGUUAUGAAGGUUCCUACGGAGAGUUGGACAACCAAGCCUAUUAUGUCGGAGGUGAUGGAACUGAACUUCAGUAUCCUGUCAUGCAAGCAGAUAAUGGAUCUUUUGUCUACUUCAUGCCGGGAUUUCAGCCCAGUUACUCUCCAUACUUGCCCGUAACUACCAUUGGUGUUGAUGGACAAUACGUUGAUCAACAGGCAUAUCCAUCAAGCCCCAUUUUUCAACCAUCCAUGUCUUCCCCUGGAUAUUAUCCCACUACUCUCCCUUAUGGGGAGUUGGUACCAUCACCCUACCUAUGGGAUCCAUCCCUCCUUGCUGGAGAUGGAUCUUUUGGAAAUAGCUAUGCAGGAGUUCCAGAAUUUCUGGGCCCUAAAGCUAAUUUAUCUUCCCCAAGUCAUACCCAUGCUCCUCUUUCUAAAUCCUUUUCUGGCUUUAGCAAUCCAUCGGAUAUUCGUAGCACCCUGUCAUCGCUAGAUGUCUCAUCUGGUCAUGGCAUGCACAAACCGCUAAAACUAGUGAACAAGGCCUUUCCUCAUGGCUCAUCUUUCCAGUCAGAUGUGCUCGCCAAAGGUUAUUUACCCAAUUCUAAGUUCUCGGCUCACAAUCAAAGGAAGGGUGGAUUGCUCAAUUCAAACAGUCCAGUUAAUUUAAAAGCAAGUGGAAGGGGUUGGGGCAGCACAGAGAAGCUGAAAUCCAGAAGCAAGGUCAAUGGUGUCAGUGAUAUUAGUUUACUUAAUGAGCAGAACCAGGGUCCUAGAACAGCCAAUGCAAAAAGUGUGUUGAUGUCUGGAGGUAAUGCAGCUGGAUCCCUGGAACCUGAUGGGAAUGGAAAUAUUAACAGCGUAACCUCUCUAAUCAGGACGGAUCAAUAUAACCUUCCUGACUUUUCCACCAAAUACGAUCAUGCAUUUUUCUCUGUUAUCAAAUCUUACAGUGAAGAUGAUAUUCAUAAGAGCAUCAAGUACAACGUGUGGGCCAGUACUCCUAAUGGAAAUAAGAGGUUGGAUAAUGUAUAUCAAGAUGCACAAGAGAGGAUGGUGGAGAAAGGCAGCAAGUGUCCUGUGUUUCUUUUCUUUUCGGUUAAUGCAAGUGGUCAGUUUUGUGGAGUAGCAGAGAUGAUUGGCCGAGUUGAUUUUAAUAAGAACAUGGAUUUCUGGCAGCAAGAUAAGUGGAAUGGCUAUUUCCCUGUCAAGUGGCACAUUAUAAAAGAUGUUCCAAACCUGCAUUUGCGGCACAUAAUACUUGAGAAUAAUGACAACAAGCCUGUUACCAAUAGUCGAGACACACAGGAGGUGAGAUUUCCUCAGGGUAUUGAACUGUUGAAUAUUUUUAAGAACUAUGUGUCCAAGACAUCCAUAUUGGAUGAUUUUGAUUUUUAUGAAAGCCGCCAGAAGGUGAUGCAAGAGAAGAGGACGAAGCAAUUUGCACCACAUUAUAAUCAGGAGCAGAAGAUAGAAGAAUUAACCACCAGUUUUAAGUCGGUAGAUCUGUCUGCUGUGGCGAGCAUUGAGCAACCUGAGGUCGGAGACAAAGUGAAGAAAUGAAGGGAACAUGUAAGAAAAAAAGAAAAAACAAACAAGCAAAAAGAAGCGGCGUCUUGGAAGCUGUUGAAAUGGGUCCGAUGUAUUGCUGCUGAUAUAGAUGCCACCUGAAUGGAAAUAAGAAUCUCGGAAAAAGGGGGAGAUUUUGUUUUAUAAGAUUUUCAGUGAUCCCUUGCAAGGAAGGGCUGAUCCGUUCAAAAAUGAGAUGGUGGCUUGGCUGCCAAGGAGCUGUUUGUAUACCAUAACAGAAACUUUGAUCACCCCACUGAAUCACUGAUUGACAUGAUGGCUAUGGGGUGUCAUGAAAUCUUUUUUUUUUUUUUUUUUUUUUUUUAAAUCUUUUAGUAUACAAAUGAUAUUUGGCCACUCAAUAACAUAAUUAUUGACCACUUUUACCCUUCUUUUUUUUUUUUUUUUUUUUUUAAUUUUAUUUUUUGGUAUUCAGAUGCCUCUUGUGGGCUACAUGGCUAGUGCUAUCCACGUGUUAUGUAGGGAUAUUGUAACAGGUGCUUAAAAAAAAGAAGGAAUAUUUAAAAAGAUGGAACGCCCUUGGUGUUGGUCUUGGGGCUCUCAUUGGGAGGGGAGUUAUUAUGCAUCUAUCUUUUGUAUAUAUAUAUAUUUUUUU